GCGGUGCCCGGCGGGCGGCGGCGCGCAGGCUCGCAGCGCCGCGGCGGUAGGCGCGUCCCCAGCACCGGCAGGAGCCGCCGCCGGGCGCCAUGGGGUGUUAACGCAGCUGGUGCCCUCGCUCUGCCGCCGGAAGGAGCCGCCGUUCCCGCCGUGUGCUUCCCGCUCCCGCUCUGUUCCUCCGCCCGCCGCCCGGAGCCCAUGAGCCUGAACGAGCACUCGAUGCAGGCGCUGUCCUGGCGGAAGCUCUACCUGAGCCGCGCCAAGCUGAAAGCCUCCAGCCGAACCUCCGCGCUGCUCUCCGGCUUCGCCAUGGUGGCUAUGGUAGAAGUUCAGCUAGACUCAGACCACGACUACCCUCAAGGUCUUUUGAUAGCCUUCAGUGCCUGUACUACCGUCCUUGUUGCAGUUCACCUUUUUGCACUCAUGAUAAGUACCUGCAUUCUUCCCAAUAUCGAGGCUGUUAGCAAUGUGCAUAAUCUCAACUCUGUAAAGGAAUCUCCUCAUGAGCGUAUGCAUCGGCACAUUGAGCUUGCGUGGGCAUUUUCAACUGUCAUUGGGACUUUGCUCUUUCUUGCAGAGGUGGUGCUACUGUGUUGGGUGAAGUUUCUUCCUUUAAAGAAGAAACCUGAUAACACACCCCAGAGCAACAGCUCUACCAUCACAUCAGGACAGGCAGCAGCCAUCGCAUCAACGUCUAUUAUGGUUCCCUUUGGAUUGAUUUUCAUUGUGUUUGCAGUCCACUUCUACAGGUCACUGGUGAGCCAUAAAACAGACAGGCAGUUUCAAGAACUGAAUGAACUUGCUGAAUUUGCACGGCUCCAGGAUCAGCUGGAUCACAGAGGUGAUGCUAUCUCCUCAGCUGUCACCCAUUUUGCAUAAACCUGUACUUAAAGAAAAUAAACCCACUCUUCUGCUUCUGCCCUGUUAGGUUGAUUCCCCUGUGAAUGAACUGGUCGAACUGUUGAUUACUGUUUAAAGAGAGAUUAUAAAUGUUGUUCUAACCCUUUAGAGAGAGAAAAAAUGUUGUUCCUUUUCAUAAAAAUUUUAGCUGAUGUCUGACGGAAUGGAUGGGGGGGUAUGCUUGCACUGCGCAUGCAUCCCUCCUCUUGUGAGCAUUUGUCUAGAUUGCUUCUUGUUAAUGCUGAAUGGUGGCUGUAUAAAUACAUGGAAAAUAACCUUGUAAAUGUGGGUAUUUGUUAGGGAUGGAUAGAGAAGCUUUUUUUUUUUCCUCUCUUUAUUUGAUGUUGGCAUUUACUAGAAGAUACUGCUUGUCCAAUCCAUAUUGCACGGCAUGAUACAAAUUACUUGGGGUAUGCAGCAAUUAGCACUUGGUUUCAGUGCUAGCGCUGUUCUCUCUAGAAAGCCUGACAGACGGUAGAAAUGAAAGCUUUCCCACCACUUUCCCCAGUAUGUUUUGCUGCCAAGUAAUUAUUACUUUACUGAUUCCUUCAGCACCUUUUCCUGUGGCAGUUACACAUUUUAUAACUCGCUAAACGCCCAUGACUAGCCUUAAUGUGAUGUGGUGUGGCCACAUGAGUAGGAAUGAGACUCUUCUUUGGAAGAAAAAUAAAAGCAAUAACUGUUUUUUAAAGUUCUCAUGAGCUGGCAAAUAUUCUCUGGAGAGAUAGAUUUGCCUGUUUCCCAUUUAGGAAUCUUUUUUUAAAAAGAAACUAGAUGGAAAUUAUCACUGGAUAAUUUUUUUGCUUGAAAAUCAGAACCACUGCUGUAUUUUUUCCAAGCCAAAGUAGUAAUUACUUUGUAAUUUUAUAUAUAAAAAGAAUAUUUUUAAUAAGUCCUCAUAUAAAAGCAGCAAAAGGUAGUUUCACUGCGUUGAAUUCCCAAGUAAUUAGCUAUGUCUUGGUCUUCCUUGUUUAGAAAAAGUCUUCUCCUUGCUGAAGUGUUGUAUAUAAUAACUUGUUUUGCUUCCAAAGGAUCUGGAAGACUGCUUUUCUUUAUGUAGGUUUAUUUACAAAAGUAGGUUAUUUGUAAUUAAUAUUGCUUCUUGCUUUCAGACAUACGUCUGUGACGUUGAGGCUACUGUGUCGGGGUGUUUUUUAUUUCCGCUUUAAGCAAAAACUUCCAUUUGGUCUCUUAGAUAAGAAGUUUGUCCCAGAAGGAUUGCAGCAGUUGUCCUGGGCUGCUUCAGUAGUUCUAGCUAUGUCUAGAAGUGGAAUUUUUUUGAAUGCAGCUCUUCUGUGGAGCGGCUUCGGGCUUUAAUGGGUAAAAGCUGUUUUUUGAAUGCAAACUGAGACAGUUUCAAGUCUAAUGGAACAAAACUUGACCUCCGUACUGUAGCUAACACUGUGGAAUAGAAAUCUGGGGUUUUGAAAUUGGGCAGGAAUGAAAGUGACAGUGCAGUGGGGCUGUACCUGACUGAGCCUGAACAUGGUCUCUUACACCCAGCCUCCAUCUCAGGUCAGCCCGACAUCUUUACAAACUGUAGGAUGUGCCCACAGAGUGAGGGUGGCAGGGUGUGUUUACUACUGAAGCAGCCUCAUGAAGCAAAUGGGCUGAUUUCUCAUGUCAGCACCACAGCAGUGGAAAGUGUUGACAAGGUCACCCACUGUGUGCUUGUAUUCUGAAAAAUAACCAUUAAAAAACCGCUGGGCUUUUUUUUUUCAGCAGUAUUCUUGGUUUACAAGCAGAAAACAGCUUUCCACUUGCCAUUUUCACAAGUCCUUCUGGCAUACAAAGGCCAAACUGGGUUUUCUCUAGCUCUGCCAUUACAUUAUGCUUCAAGUAUAUUCUGUUACUGAUGUAAAUCUGCUGAUGGUGAGGAUUGUGAUUACAGUCCUGCAGGUGUUCAUUCACAGAGCACUGGAAGGAUUAUGUUAGUAAAGGCAUUAAUGAAGCAGCAUUCCAAAACAUGAAAUCUUGGUAGUAGGCACAAAAUGUAUUUUCCCAUCCUUUACUGGAAUCCUAGUCCUGCCUUGGGGAAAAAAAAGACUCUUAAAAACCCUCAGUAAAGCAGGAAAUAUAUUUCCCAACUUUAUUUUGUAGAACUAAUUGCUGUCCUGGAUAAGUAGCUGACAUUUCUCUUUAUUUUGUGGAUCUUUUACAAAGUGACAGAGAAGUGUGGGGUUUUUUUGUUUUAAGAAGCUGGUGGGACAACAUAAUUUUUAACUUUCUCAAUCUGGUUGGUUCUGAGCUAAUGGCGUUGUUAUUACAGCUGCUUUUCUGACUAUUUUCUGCACUUUAAGCCAUGAUAUCAAGUAUGUUUCUCUCAUUUUCCAGCUGUGGAAAUGGUUGUGAAAGUUACACCUUGGGCACAGUCUUGUAACUGUGUGCCAGCGGCAGUAACCAGACCCAAACACAUGGAUCUAAAUGUUAAGAGUGCACUUAGAUUUUGGUUUUUAUCCCUUAUUUAUACUAAUGGUCUAACGCAUUUACCUCAAGCAUUUUAAACAUUGGUUAUUGUAUAUUCCUUAUUUAGAUAUAAAAUACUUCAAUGAAAUAAAAUAUACUAAAUUAUU